AAAAAAGAAAAGAAAAACAUUUUCUUUUAAAUAUUUAUUUUCAAGAAUGAAAGGAACAAAAUAAGAUCAAAUGGAAUUACAAGAAAACACAUAAUAAAGAACAAAAAACAAUUCAAAAAAAGGAAAAAGCAUUAACAGCAACAUAACAGAGGCCGGUCCCUCCUUUCUUCUUCUCGUUCUUGUUCCUGUUCUUCUUUUUUCUCUGUCUGAUAAAUUCAGUUCAGAUACAGAGAACACACAGAGUAUCUUCUCUGUUUUUUUUUGUUUUCUUUUACUAAUUUUAUAUCUUAUUUUGGUUCUUUAAUCUAUUAUUUUAUUUGCUAAACAAGUAGAAACACAACAGCUAAGAGAGAAAUAGAAAGAGAAAGAUAACAGGAACAAAGAAAGAAAAAGAGAAAAAAGAAGGGAUCAAAUCAAAUUUGAUCGUUUUGAAUCUUUUAUGGAGCAACUUGUUAACUUUAUCAUACGGCCUCCGAGUUUUCUGCUUGUGGCUUUUCACCAUUCUGUACUAUCUGGACUGCAGGGCUGAGUACAGUCCAAAACAUGAUUUGUUAGAUCAGGAGUUUAUGCUGAAAGGAAAAUGGUACCAAAGAAAGGAUUUGGAGAUUAAAAAUAAUCGCGGAGAUGUUCUCCAAUGUAGCCAUUAUGCCCCCAUUGUUAGCCCGGAAGGAAAGCCUCUGCCCUGUGUAAUAUACUGUCAUGGCAACAGUGGGUGCAGGGCUGAUGCUAGUGAAGCUGCUAUUAUAUUGCUGCCUUCAAAUAUUACAGUUUUCACUCUUGAUUUCUCAGGAUCUGGACUUUCUGGAGGAGAGCAUGUUACUCUGGGUUGGAAUGAAAAAGAUGACCUCAAGGCUGUGGUUGAUUAUCUGCGGCAAGAUGGAAAUGUCUCUUUGAUCGGCUUAUGGGGUCGUUCAAUGGGUGCUGUCACCAGCCUUAUGUAUGGAGCUGAGGAUCCCUCAAUUGCUGGAGUGGUUCUUGACAGUCCCUUUUCUGAUUUGGUCGACUUGAUGAUGGAACUUGUAGAUACAUACAAAUUCCGUUUUCCCAAAUUCACUGUAAAAUUUGCUAUCCAAUAUAUGCGAAAAGCUAUCCAGAAAAAGGCGAAGUUUGACAUAACGGACCUCAACACUAUUAAGGUGGCAAAGUCUUGCUUUGUUCCAGCAUUAUUUGGGCAUGCGAUUGAUGAUGAUUUUAUUCAACCUCAUCACUCGGAUCGCAUAUAUGAAGCUUAUAUGGGAGAUAAGAAUAUUAUCAAGUUUGAGGGAGAUCACAACUCUCCACGCCCACAAUUCUACUUUGACUCCAUAAACAUUUUUUUCCACAAUGUUUUGCAUCCUCCAGAGGAUGAGGUGGGGGAAACAUAUUUAGAAACAAUGCAUGGUUACUUUGGCAAGGAUAGUUGGAGCACUGUAGGCAAUAACCUGGAACUUUCAGUUGCAUCUAAAGUUGCUGAACCAUCGACAAGCACUGGAGAAGAUGGCAUUAAGCAAGUUCGUCCCAAAAGACCGAUGAGUCGGACAGAGGUUCCUUCUGAUAUUCCAUCAAAGGAUGAUCCAUCUGAAGCUGAGGGUGGAGAAAUUGAUGACAAUCAUUUACCAUCGUCAUCCAAUAUGAUCAGCUUUGAGAUAUCCAAUGGUCAUCCCUAUGGACCAAAUAUUCCAACAGCGAUGGAUGAUGAUCAAUAUGUGGAGUAUCAACUAGAUGACUUGGCAGGUUUUCCAUGCGACAUAGAGGAGGAAGAAAGGAUGUUCAUGGAAGCAGUAAUUGCAUCAUUAAAGGACUUGGAGAUGCGAUAUCCCAAUGCAGAAGGACAGCAGGCCAUCGAAUCUUCACAAAAAGAUGACCCAUCUUCCAUUAGAGAAGAAUGUGGUUCUGUGAAGACAGUAGAGGAUCAUGAGCCAUUAAAGCCAGAACCUACCUCGUCUCCGCUGAUCAACAGCCAAAUUUCAUCAACGGCAAACCAGUCACCUGAUCUGAGCAUGUCUUCGACAGGACCAGCAUCUGACACGUCUGCAUCCAUGACAGAAUCAGGAAGCACAGCCACCUCUGCUCGUAGUGAUACUUCAGCAAGUGUCCAGAGUUCAACGGAUACUGACUUAUCAAGUAACACAAAAGCCACAUUGACAGUAGAACGCAACCCAGCAAGCCACAUUAUGGAUGGUUUGAUGCGUCGCUGGGAUUUCAAUUUGUUCCGAAACAAUCGAUGAAAAUGAAAGUGGGAUAAUUUUUUAUUUUGGGUUUUGACAAUCUGAUUAUUUGUUUGUAAUUAAGAUAGUAGCAGCAGCAGCAGCAACUUAGUACUGUAAAAUACAAAGAACGAAAUGAAAGGAAUGAAAAUAGGUUCAGUGCACGUGUUGAAAGUUCAUGGGGUUGGUUUUAUUUGAUACAAAAUUACUUUGGUACUUCUCAUUUGAGAAAAGGCUUGUAGUUAUUCUUUUGCCCACAAUCAAGGAAACAGACCUGAUAAUACCAUGUCCAUUUAUUGUUCUCUUUUUA